AUGCCGCUUCCCUCUCGCUUGGAGAGGAGGCGUCCUCGGAGCCCUGCCGGCCGAGGCCAGAGCGUGGUGUAUCGGAGCUUGAAGCCCGAGGACAUCCUCCUGGACGCCGACGGCUACUGCAAGCUGAUCGACUUCGGGUUUGCGAAGGAGUUGCCCGAGGGCGACAAAACCUUCACCCUGUGCGGCACCCCGGAGUACCUCGCGCCAGAGGUGAUCCUGAACCAGGGGCACGGCAGGGCCGCGGACUGGUACUCCCUCGGGGUGCUGGCCUACGAGAUGACCGUGGGCAAGCCUCCCUUCCAGGGCAAGGACGCCAACGAGGUCUACCAGAACAUCUUGACAGGGAGGAUCAAAUUCCCUGCCACGGCGGACACAGGCAUGAAGUCCCUCGUGAAGGGCCUCCUGCAGAGCAACCCGGAGACCAGGGCCGGAGGCCGCGGCGGCGCCGAGGGCGUCAGGAGUGCCGCCUGGUUCCGGGGCCUGAGCUGGGAGGACCUGCUCGCGCGGCGCCUCCCGGCGCCCUUCCGGCCGCCCCUGCGCGGGGCCGACGACACGAGCCGCUACCCCAAGCAGGAGGAGCCCGAUGGCGGCGCGGCGGGCGGCGAGCUGGACCCCAGGGCGGACGUCUUCCGGAGGCUGUGGUGA